CAUGUUCUUUCUUCGUCUGCUGUUAUUGCGGCUGGUUUUACACAGCAUCAAUAAAAGCGCAACGUGCUCUUCGAGGGUCUGGUGACGGACUUCAUCGUUCUGUUGAUCGUGCUGGGUAGUUUCUAGAGCCUUCCAUCAUGGACCCGAUUGUCAUUAACUCGAAGGAGCAGUUUGAAUCCUGCCUGCAGGAAGCUGGCGACAAGCUGGUGGUGGUGGACUUCACAGCCACCUGGUGUGGCCCCUGCAAGAUGAUCGCACCAGUGUUUAAGGAGCUGUCUCACUUGCACACUAAUGUGAUGUUUUUGAAGGUGGAUGUCGAUGAUGUACCAGAUGUGACCGAAGAAUACAACAUUUCGGCCAUGCCGACAUUUGUCUUCAUUAAAAAUAAGCAGAAGGUUCACCACUUCAGUGGCGCAAAUGUGGAAAAUCUUAAAGCAGAAAUCCAAAAGCGUGCUUAAUUUCCAUCCAUCCAUCUUCGGAACCCACUCUUGUUAGGAAGCCACUGCCCAUGAGUGAAAGAAAUCCACAUCCCCAUUAUGUAAAAUAGGCAUUUUUAUUUACCACCUCUUCAACAUAGAAGCCACAUCCAUGUGCGUGUUUUAACUAUCAGCAAAGUCAAUUGUAUAAAGCUCAUGGCUGUUUCUUUGACUGGGUGGAAAUGAUAAUAAAGGGUUGAAAUGAA